CCAAGAAGAGCCCGCAGCAAGCCCAGCUGCCUCCCCGCCAUGGACGCCAUGGACAUGCCUCUCCAGGCCGAGAUGGUGGAGCUGGUGCCCAACGGGAAGCACGCAGCCGCGCUCACUGCCUCCGCCGUCCCCUCGCUGGCGGGUGACAGGUUUGAGGAGAACCAGUCCGGCAUGGCAGAGAUGGAGGAGUUCCUUCCCCACGGCGCCGAGAAGAAGCAGACGCACUUCACCGAUUUCGAAGGGAAGACGUCUUUUGGGAUGUCCGUCUUCAACCUGAGCAAUGCCAUCAUGGGCAGCGGCAUCCUGGGGCUGGCCUAUGCCAUGGCCAACACCGGCAUCAUCCUCUUCCUCUUCCUCCUGACGGCAGUGGCGCUGCUCUCCAGCUACUCCAUCCACCUGCUGCUCAAGUCCUCCGGCAUCGUGGGCAUCCGCGCCUACGAGCAGCUGGGCUACCGAGCCUUUGGCACGCCGGGCAAGCUGGCCGCGGCCAUCGCCAUCACACUGCAGAACAUCGGAGCCAUGUCCAGCUACCUGUACAUUGUCAAAUCCGAAGUGCCUCUUGUCAUCCAGACCUUCCUCAACCUGGAGGAGAAGACCAC